UCUCUGAUGUUCGAUGUUAACAGCGAUGCGCAAAAUAUCUUUAAUAACACGUCCUCCGCUUAAUAUAUUUGUGCACCUGUUCGUUGAUCGAAGCGGUGGGGUAUAUAGCUCUAGGAUGUUUCGCUUGGUAGUUUCUGCAGAUAAUUUACAAGACUUUGAAGACAUGGGUCGGACUCUGCCGGUGCCGGUGGCGUGCGAGGUGUGCGGCGACAAGAGCUACGGCAAACACUACGGCGUCUACUGCUGCGACGGCUGCAGCUGCUUCUUCAAGAGGAGCAUCAGGAAGAGGAUCUCCUACACCUGCAUAGGUAAAGGCGGCUGUGUGAUCGACAAGGCACGGCGGAACUGGUGCCCAUACUGCCGCCUACAGAAAUGCUUUGCCGUCAACAUGAAUAAGAAUGCGGUCCAGGAGGAACGAGGGCCAAGAAAGAACAAAGGCUGUCGAAAGAAUCCAACUUCUACCCCAUCUCGCCGCACGGUUGCUAUAGUAACAUCUACGUCAUCAUAUAUGCACCAAGGGGAACCACUCGACGCCAAAUCGUUGCUAGGCGGCAACGUUCAACGUCUCGCGUGGAGCUCCUACUUCAGUGCUUUUAAACCCGUUGUACCACGUGGUUCGAUUCCAACAUGGCCGACACCCUAUGCGAUUCCCUAUUGGAUGUCGGGGGCGGCUGAGGGGUCAGAGGUCAUGAAGCGAAUUGAAGGCUCCAACAUCAUGAGCGAUCCCAACAGCCUGCUGUAUUCCACGGCGCAACAAAUUCUAGCCACGGCACUCCGCCGGACGCAUUACAACCACAUUUUCAAAUCGCUACAUCCGCACGACCAACUAGUUCUGUUGGAGAGCAAGUGGAGCGAGGUGUUCCUGUUUGCGGCGGCGUAUUGGCCUAUAGAUAUCUCCAGACUGGCCAGGAAGAACGCAGGCAAAGAUAGUGACAGGGAUGAUGACCUAGCCAGCGUUCAGAAGGUCAUCACCACGUGCCAGACGCUUCAUGCAGACUCUACAGAGUUACCGUUCCUGGAAACAAUUGUUCUUCUCCGGCAAGACCAGUCAGAGCGUCUGUUUGAACCAACCAAAGUGGAGACUCUCCAGGAUCAAGCACAGCUUGCACUUGCACACUACGUCACACAAGCUCAUCAGCAUAAUCCCGCGAGAUUUGGAAAGAUGCUCCUUACACUUCCUGUCUUGCGCACUGUGGCAGCUGAAAUGACAGAGAAACGCUUCUUUGGCGAUAUUUCCACCACUGUGAGACAAUUGAUAAGAUCGUACUAUUUGUAGUGCGGACAACCUAUGAUAUAACACACGGGAUCAGGGACAGCCAAUGACCAAGAAUAUAUACUCUCACGUUACGACUCUCAGUGAUAUAUAGUUGCAGAGAUGCCAACCUAAAAUGAAGCUUUUGAGUUUGCUUGUUUGCUUGUUUGUUUGUUUGUUUGUUUGUUAGUUUGUUGUUUAACGCCGCACUCAGCAAUAUAACAUCUAUAUGUCGGCGGUCUGUAAA